AUGGGAACGAAAAUGAAAAGUGAUUCGGCUUGGGUGACCUGGUCUGAAUGGUCGACAUGCUCAGAUGAAUGCGGAUCGUGUGGCGUUCGUAGACGCACGAGAAUUUGUUUGACCAAAUUCCCACAGUGUACUUGUUCAGGUGACUCAACAACAAUAGAGUUCUGUAAUGUGGAGAUUUGCCGUUAUCCAAGAACGCCAUGCUGCUAUAACUUCCAGGUCUCCUCAUACUAUGGACGUUUCGCUUGCUUGGAAAACGGACCAUUCCUAAAACGUGUCGGUGUUAAUUAG